UUUCUAUUCCCCUCUACUCUGCAGGGACUGCAAAUGGCUGAUCGAGCUUGCAUUCACUAUAUCUGGUCUCCCCGGACCCUGCAUUCACUAUAUCUGGUCUCCCCGGACCCUGCAUUCACUAUAUCUGGUCUCCCCGGUCCCUGCAUUCACUAUAUCUGGUCUCCCCGGUCCCUGCAUUCACUAUAUCUGGUCUCCCCGGUCCCUGCAUUCACUAUAUCUGGUCUCCCCGGAACCUGCAUUCACUGUAUCUGGUCUCCCCGGACCCUGCAUUCACUGUAUCUGGUCUCCACGGACCCUGCAUUCACUGUAUCUGGUCUCCCCGGACCCUUGCCUUCACUAUAUCUGGUC